AUGAAAUUUUUAAAUAUUUUCUUUUUGUUCGGUUUAUUGGCUGUCCUGACCACCAUGGGCACCCUAGUACAGGCUGAGCCCUUACCCAGUCCUCGUGGUCGUCCUGCCACCACAAAACGUCCCAAAACAGAUGCUGACAACAAUGAUGCUGUGGACAGGCGCUAG